CCAGAGCUGAAACAAUCUUGCAGGACUUAAAGGGCUCUGCAUCUUCCCAUUACCACCAAAGUCUCGUUCAAAGGGGCACUUUGGGCAGCAGGUGGAGUUAUAAUUAUAGAUUAGAAAACAGCAACAUCAGCAGCUGUCACUUCUGUUUGUUCCCAGCUAUAACUGUCAUCAGUGGGCAAACUGGCAUAAACAGGCCUCUGCAAGUGGAAAAACAUUUAACCCUGGGCUGGCUACAUGCUGAAACUUCAUAGCAGCCAGAGAACGGGUGGAAACCUGACAGUCACGGUCCACGCGUGAAGGGUGGCACCGGAGCCCCGAUCUGAAGGCUCCUCUUCAGUGAGAGCCGACAUUUGAAGAUUCCCUUCCCGUGGAGGACUCCAAAGAAGCAGAACCAAACUAUCCGAGAUGACUGUCACUUACUCCAGUAAAGUAGCCAAUGCAACUUUUUUUGGAUUUCAUAGGUUGCUCCUCAAGUGGAGAGGCAGCAUCUACAAGCUCCUGUACAGGGAGUUUAUUGCUUUUGCUGUCCUUUACACAGCUAUCAGUUUGGUGUACAGGGUUCUACGUCACCCUGGUGGUGAACCGAUGGUGGAACCAGUUUGUGAAUCUGCCCUGGCCAGACAGGCUCAUGUUCCUCAUCUCCAGCAGCGUCCACGGGAGCGACCAGCAUGGGCGCCUGCUCAGGAGGACGCUGAUGCGCUACGUCAACCUCACGUCCCUGCUCAUCUUCCGCUCCGUGAGCACGGCGGUAUACAAAAGGUUUCCCACCAUGGACCACGUGGUCGAAGCAGGUUUUAUGACCACAGAUGAAAGGAAACUGUUUGACCACCUCAAAUCACCGCAUCUGAAAUACUGGGUUCCGUUCAUUUGGUUUGGGAAUCUGGCCACUAAAGCCCGCAAUGAAGGCAGAAUCAGGGACAGCGUCGACCUACAGUCACUGAUGACCGAGAUGAAUCGGUACCGCUCUUGGUGCAGCCUGUUAUUUGGCUAUGACUGGGUCGGCAUUCCACUGGUUUACACACAGGUUGUCACUCUUGCCGUCUACACGUUCUUCUUCGCGUGCCUGAUUGGACGGCAGUUCCUGGAUCCUACCAAAGGCUACGCGGGGCAUGAUCUGGAUCUGUACAUUCCCAUCUUCACCCUCCUCCAGUUCUUCUUCUACGCAGGAUGGCUCAAGGUUGCCGAGCAGCUGAUCAACCCUUUUGGGGAAGAUGAUGACGAUUUUGAAACAAACUGGUGCAUUGACAGAAACCUGCAGGUCUCUCUCUUGGCUGUGGAUGAAAUGCACAUGAGCUUGCCCAAGAUGAAGAAGGAUAUUUACUGGGACGAUUCUGCUGCUCGGCCACCGUACACACUGGCAGCUGCCGAUUACUGCAUACCCUCCUUUCUGGGCUCAACGAUCCAAAUGGGGCUGGGGUCCGAGUUCCCUGAAGAGGACUGGCUAUGGAACUACGAGAAGCAUGGCCACCGGCACUCGGUGAUGAGGAGAGUCAAGCGCUUCCUGAGCACCCACGAGCACCCCAGCAGCCCCAGGAGGAGGACUUUUGGCAGGCAGGCCAGCGACAGCUCCAUGUUCUUCCCACCCAGCCCAUCUCGGGAUCUGCUGGAUGUACCGUCCAGAAAUCCCCACCGAGCCUCACCCACCCGGAAGCAAUCCCACUCCCUAGAGGACAGCCCCAAGCUGCAUUCCAGCAUGGGGGAACUGUCCACCAUCAGGGAGACCAGCCGCACCAGCACAUUGCAGAGCCUGACCCCACAGUCCAGCGUGAGGGCUUCGCCUACCAAAAUGCCCCAGGUCCCUGAGGUUCUGAUCACAGCGGCUGAAGCCCCGGCAUCCUCAUCAGAAAGCCAUCCCCAUGACUCUGCUACCUCCAUCUUGAGUCUGGAGUUCACCGGGGUGCAGCCAAGCAGGACUGAGCAGCAGGCAGACCCCUCAGGGAAGGCGACACCACCUGGAGACCCCAACCCCCAGACUGUUUCAACCAGUCCUGAAAGAGACUUGUUCAAGUUUGAGGAAGAUCUGGGUGAUGACAGAUUCCCCCAGAGGUGGAGCCUUCCGGAGUUACGGGAGUCCAUGCACACCUCCCUAGGAAACUUAGCUCCAGAUCCUAUGCGCCCUGGGGCUGCUCUCUUACUUGACACAGAAACAUCCUCAGAGACCAGCAGAAUCCAUCCCGGAGCUGGCUCUGGGGUCUCUCCUGACAUCCUGUACUUAAUGGAAAACUUAGACGCUAAGGAAACAGACAUCCUGGAGUUUAACAAUGAGCACCCUGAAGAAUCCCCUAAGGGAAUGCCGCAGCGCCCCAGAACCUGGUUCUAGCUCACCUUCCUUCUUUACACAGAGCUGACAGUACCAGCCUGGGGACAGCCCCCGCCCCCAGGAGCUGGCCAGUGGUUAGAAAAAUGAUCCUACUGUACAAGCUACUUAGAACUCUGAAGGGCAUUAUGAUCCUGCAAAAAUCAAACACAACCACAUUGUCUAGCACAAAGGGGCUUUCACGGAAGUUGUGUGGCCCAAAAUGAAUGAUCGUAACCAAAUAAGGGAUGUCAUAUAAAUGUGCAUGGCUUAUACACCCAUGCAUGAUUAGCUUUGGAAAGGACCAGAUCAUAGUCCAAUCCCCAGACACAAAGAGUCCAGUUUCCUUCCUGGUUCACUCCCUUACCUCUCUUCCUUUAGCGACAGAGACAAGGCUAGACCAUGCUAUGGACAGAGACCCUUCAGCUGUUCAUCUGAAGCUUCCUGACCACCUCACUCCUGCCUUCUAUAGCUAUUAUUGUCAUCUUCCCCUAACUCUUAAACUUCCUCAGCAUCAGAAAGUUCCAUUUCUCUUCAGUUACUAUUUUUGUUGUCUGCUCUUCUUUUUUCUCUAUUACAUCGCUCCCCUGCCCUUUUCCCUAUGCUAGCUGCCCCAGUGACUCUAGUCUGUCCCUCUUUCCAAGUUAUAAUAUUGUCUCUUUCCAACUCUGUCACGGUGUUCAAACUUUGAGCCACUGGCAAAGUCUGGUACAGGAAUCUAACACACCCACCCUCCCCUGCUUCCAGUCUUGCAGUAAGAGGUGCCAGUGUGCCAAUGGUAUCCACCAUCUCAAACCUGCUGCUUCUGCUUUUUCAUCUUGGACACCGGAGAAGACUGAAUCUAAGAGAAUAUGAAAUCCACAUAGCCAAAUGCUACAUCACCAAAGGACGAUAUGGUUUAGAUCUGCUGGCCUCAUACACAGUCUUAAGCAAAAAUAUCCCAGUUGUGUCAUAGCAUGGGACCAGUUACUGUGCCUAUGGGGUUGUUUUCCAUGAAGCAGGGUAUUAGAGCUGUUUGGAGUACGGGGUCCAUGACUGCUUGAUGACAACAGACUGUUGCCAACUUCCGCCUUGCAAGCUCCCAGCUGUAAACAGCUUUGCCUUUCCGAGUGCCGCCCUUUCCACCUGUCAUAUAAUGGAGCUUGGAGCGUGGCUUCAGAAGCAAGAGACUCUAGCAGUGACCAUUGGUUGGCUGUCUCAGCGCUCCAUGCAGCCUCAUCUGACGGCUUCACAAGCCUUGAAGGAGUCCUGUGAGACUGACACACAUGAGCUCCACCUUAAAGAGGAAAAUAGAGGCCCUGGGCAACCCAUUUCCCUGAGCUCACAUAGCCAGGCGUGCCUGGCUCAGGAGCCUACACUUCCUCAAGGUGCCACUGUAGGACCCCGAAUCUGCUAGUGAUUUGCCCCAGAUUCUGGAGUAUGCUCCAAGGCGGCUGGCUAGUCACAGGUUCAGCCUUGGAAACCUAUCUGGAUCUUCCCGGCCCAAAACAAGUUUCGGUCACCGAAGAGAACAGAACGUUUUGUCUUUGAGCCCUUGCCAUGGUCCUCUCCUUGUCAUUAUAGAAGCUGGCAGGAACCUCUUAUUGCUUCCUCCACUUCAGAGUCCUGAUGUGUGGUGUUAUAAUGAACACAGUCACACAAGACCUCAAAUCUCAAAUGGUCUCUCAAGGCGUAAAAAGCAAUGAUCCCCACCUUAACUGGCUUUCCUAAAAGACUAAAGUGACACGCUAUUAGAAGAAAUGCUGUACAUGGAUGGUCCUCUAUGUUGGUCCACACCAUUAACUCCCAAGAACGGACUGUAAUCCCCAAACCAUCACAGACAGACAGACUAUGGGCUCAAGCCCCAUUGAGUUUCUAAAAGGUCAGAGUCCCAACCUUUCCCCAGUCACCAUUGCUUCCCACACUUCUCUUGAGUGCCUCAGUGUGAGCCCCUCCGUCUGCUUCCCUUCGGCUCUCUCCAUUGCUCAAAUACAAAUAAGUUUCUACUUAGCUGUCUUUGAAGUAUUAUCGGUUUUCAUUUUUAAAUCCAAAGCUAUCAACUACACACAGAAGAGUAGUUUUAUGGAGAAAUGGGAAGGCGUUCGUUUAUCUAUUCCUGUGCAUCUCUUCUCUACCUUUCUUCCUGAGAAUUAUUGAAGUCCCUCAAUAUUUCCUCAAAUUCUGAGAUGGCGUCCCAUUUUCACAAUGACUUGCUCCAUGAGCCCAAAUGAGGAGACUUCCCAUUCUAAAAUGAGUCUUUAUCCUGCAUGGCCAGGGCUGCAAAAAUAAAAUGAUUUAUUCUCUUGUGCCUGAUUUUUCACCUGCCGGCAUCGUUUUCUCCUGAGGUCUAGAAAAUUCCACCUUUUAGACAGUCACAUGUCUCAGUGGCUUAGUCUUUAGGGUCUGACCAAUCUAAGAGCAGGCCUAUCCUAGUCGUGUGUUAACAUAAUCCGCAGGUCAGGGUGAACAGUGAGGCUAGCCCUUGUGUAUUUUCUCUCGGCUCCUCCAGACAGCUCUGCCCUGGAUAUCUGAGCUUAGGAUAUCUGCUCUCCCCAAAGCUGGACCUGUAUCAGCUGACUAGGAGUAAUACAAGUGUAAAACCAAAACCAAAACCCAAAGCAGGAGCAAAUCAGUGUAAGUCCACCUGCCAGCCUCUCAUCACAACCGUCUGUCUACAUGGUCAACAGCAAACACUCUGAUGCCUGUGGCUGAUGGACAUAAGCGGAGACUUGUUUUGUUUUUGUUUUUUAACUGAACUAUCCCAGACAGGUAUCUCAAGUCUUCCCACACUUUUUCUCUUUGUUCUAUGAACCCAACUUUUAGGACAGUUUUCUCACUGAUAAAGCCACUGAGUUGAAAGAACCAAUUGAACAAUGCCAGAAUUCUUUGACUGCAAAUCUUAACAAAACUCAGAAUACCCUAAUCUACUGAUGAAGCUUCAGACCUGUGACCCAGCUUGAAUCCUUUUACCAUGCUCUAAGCCUCCCUCCGGCAUCCCUAAGUGUACAGUCAGCAUGUCCCUGGCUGUGGCAAAUACUAAGUGAAGGACAUUCCCUACAAAGAGUCAGUUGACUCAGAGCAGAGAUUGAAUGUUGGUUUGGUCUUCUUUCUGAGAUGCUUUAGAAAAUCGUUCCACAUAACAUCUUCUGUGAGCUUCUAAUUCAGAGCAAUUGCUUACCAAAGACGACAAAGGAAAGCAUACCUUGUGGCCUGAAAACAAAUAAAGCAUUUCUAAAACCAA